AUGGGUAGCGCUAUCUGCCCUCAAGAACUAUCUUCUAUGACGAGAUCUAUGACGAGAACGACAUUUGACAGACUGGGAAAUGACAAAUUGCCAUUUUUAGACUACGCCAUUCGCAAUGUCCUGUUCCACGCAAAUGCAGCACAAAAGUAUGGUAUUAGUCAAGCUGGAUUUCUCAAAGAGUUUGAGGCACGCAGUUGGAUAAUAAUCAGGAGCAGUUAUAAAGACAGGAGCGAUUACUCAGACCCACGACUUUUGUAUACCUUGGCGAAAGAGAAUAUGAGCUCUCUCAUCGGGUGCCACCCUUUCAAACUCGCAUUUUCUGAAGUGGGAGACGAACGUUUCGGGACGCCGCUUUGUGCGGCAUUGGCUAGGCGCAACAAUGAGACAAUACUAGAGUUCUUGAAAGCUCAAGCAGAGAGCACUCCCGAGUUUCAUGAUCUUUAUGAAGAGUAUUGUCCCAAGAGAUUUGGUCUCAAUGCUUUUGACAACCACGACUUCGACCGAAAGAGGAAUAUGUUGUCUUAUUGCAGCCAUGUAGGCGAAGGGCGUGAGAUUUUACAAGUUGCUAUGUUAUUGAACACGCGUCAUCCUUAUUUAAAUGUGAACUGGGAAGAUGAAUGCAGCCAAUCGCCACUGCUGUAUGUCUACAGCAAAGGAAACAAGGCUCUUCUCGGCGUUUUGAUCGAAAAAUGCAUAAGCGAUGUUUACGAAAUUCCUCGUUUUAGUUACGCGUUACUCCGGGCUGCGGUUAAACAAGAGCAUGGAGAUUUCGUCGAAUUCCUACUUCAAAAGGGUGCCAAAAUAAAUGCCCGUAAUUAUUGGGGAGAGACGGUACUAUGUUGUGCAGUGCAAGGGAAUCUCAAAGAUAUGGUUCAGCUGCUAAUCAAAGCAGGGUCAGAUACCGAGGCUUGUGGUUGGCGUGAUGACAUGACACCGCUAUUGGAGGCAGCGACAAGUGGCUAUAAGCACCUGAUCGAUAUGCUACUUGAGAAAGGAGCUGAUAUUGAGGCGAUGAAUAAGCUGGGCAGGACACCAUUGAUAUGUGCAAUGAGAUACGAUCAUGUGGAUGUGGCUCUUCAGUUGAUUGAGAAAGGAUCUAAUAUUGAGGCGAUGGAUAAGGAGGGCCAGACACCGCUCAUGUGGGCAAUAAGGAGGAGAAAUCUAGGCUUGGUGAAGUUACUGCUCAGUCAAGGAGCCAAGGUUACUACUGGAGAAGUUGCCAAUAUCCGACCAAGGGGAUCUGAGUUCUCUGAAGUGUCAAGAGAGGAAGUUAUGGCCAACAGAGAGCCAACAUUGCUAGGAUUUGCCCGGCAAUUUGAAGAGACGGAGGAAAUCACUGAGAUGCUAUUCAGAAACGGCGCUACCUAG